AGUAAAAAAAAAAGGAAAAGUGCAUCACAUGACCACCUCCUUUAUUUCCUGCAGCAGCCUCCCCUAUCGGCUCCUCUCCUUGGCUGCUCCCCGCCUGCGACAGCUCAGCAGCGGUGUGGUCGCUUCGAACGAGCGCUAACGGAAAGGAGAAAAAAACUCGCUCCACUCCGCACUGAAAGGCCUCCACCUCACUGCAGACCCAGCUACAGUCACUCCGACGCCGGAUACAGCACAUAAACACCCCAGAGAGGCUUUUGUCGACUUUAAUUUGCUUUUUUUUUUAUCAGAAAAAGCCAAUCCCUAUAAUGGCGACAGCUUGCCCUGCUGGCUCCAGCCCCGGACCGGGAACGGAGCUCAUCCGCGGACAGGCCUUCGACGUUGGGCCUCGGUACAGCAACCUCUCCUACAUCGGGGAGGGCGCCUACGGGAUGGUGUGCUCUGCUUAUGACCGGGACAACAAGCUCCGCGUGGCCAUCAAAAAGAUCAGCCCGUUUGAGCACCAGACCUACUGCCAGCGCACCCUGAGGGAAAUCAAAAUCCUGCUGCGCUUCAAGCACGAGAACAUCAUCGGCAUCAACGACAUCAUCCGGGCGCCGUCCAUCGAGCAGAUGAAGGACGUAUACAUCGUCCAGGAUCUCAUGGAGACAGACCUCUACAAGCUCCUGAAGACCCAACACCUGAGCAACGACCACAUCUGCUACUUCCUCUACCAGAUCCUACGAGGGCUCAAGUACAUCCACUCUGCCAACGUGCUGCACCGCGACCUGAAGCCCUCCAAUCUCCUCCUCAACACCACCUGCGAUCUCAAGAUCUGUGACUUCGGUCUGGCUCGCGUGGCGGAUCCCGACCACGACCACACCGGCUUCCUAACAGAGUAUGUCGCCACGCGUUGGUACAGAGCUCCAGAGAUCAUGCUCAACUCCAAGGGCUACACCAAGUCCAUAGACAUCUGGUCGGUGGGCUGCAUCCUGGCUGAGAUGCUGUCAAACAGGCCAAUCUUCCCUGGGAAGCACUACCUGGAUCAGCUCAACCACAUCCUGGGGAUCCUGGGCUCCCCCAGCCAGGAGGACCUCAACUGCAUCAUCAACCUCAAGGCCAGAAACUACCUGCUGUCGCUGCCGGUGCGCUGCAAAGUGCCGUGGAACCGCCUGUUCCCCAACGCCGACAGUAAAGCUCUGGACCUUCUGGACAGAAUGCUGACGUUUAACCCUCACAAGAGGAUCGAGGUGGAGGAGGCCCUGGCCCACCCUUACCUGGAGCAAUAUUACGACCCGACGGACGAGCCCACCGCCGAGGCUCCGUUCAAGUUCGACAUGGAGCUGGACGACCUGCCCAAAGAGACGCUGAAGGAGCUCAUCUUCGAAGAAACGGCUCGGUUCCAGCCCGGCUUCAGGUCCUAACGGCUCUCAGGAGAUUCUGCGGACAGGCUUCUGCGUCGCCACUGCUCCUCCCCGCCUCCACUCUGUUGCUGUGAUUUUUUUGUUUUGGGGUUUUGGUUUGCUCUGUUUUUUAACUCUCCUCUCCUGUUCACACCGCCUGGAUUCCUCCGGUUUCUCUUUUCAGUUUUCUUUCGUCAAGUCCACUUUGCUCAGGAACGGCGUCAGGAAUCAAUCAGUCAUUCUCCGUCUCUCCUUUCUUUCUCUCUCUCUCUCGGCAGAGAGGCGAGGUAAGGGGACCGGAGGGGUGGGAGUCACAUCACAGCUCAUAGUUUGGGGGUGAAUUUUGUUUUUUGAAGCCAAGAUAAACAACUUUUUUUGUGUUUAUAUGUGUGUCUCAAAUGGCAUUUGAGUUAAAACCUUUUUUUAAUGAUACUUUUUGUUUUGGUGCAUCUGCUUUGCACAAAAAAAAAAAAAUCAUCCAUCAUUAAAACAAAACGAGUUUUCAUACCUUUUAUCACACUGUUGCAACAGGAUGCAGUGAUUUUUGUCUUUUCUUUCUCUCUCGCUUAGAAAAAUUCGAUUUAACUCGCCUGAUUUAUGCAAUUAUGACAGAAUGAGCCAGACUUUAACUGGCCACAAGCCAUCACUUGGUGUUGACGAGGAUGUAUAUUUUAUCAAACCUUGUAUUUUAAUCUUAGACAUACUCACACAGAAGGCACCGCAUAUAACUAAAUAUAAAUAUAUAUAUGAAGCCUGAAGAGUCUUAAGAUGUUUUAUUGUUUAGGGUGAAGUGAGUUUAAUGAGUUUCUAAAGGAAAAAAGUCCCUUUUUUUAUUUCUUAUUGGCAUUAAAACGUGUAGAUAUGUAUGGUUUAUUGGAAGUUUCUGCCUUAGCCACGAGGAAAUAAAGGAAAAGUUGAUUUCACACAAGUUUGUAUGAUAUUUUCAUAUUUUCCAGGAGGUGGGACACGUAGAAUCCUCCACCUUUCCACUCCUCUGUUUUCCUAUUACUAUGAUUAUUAUUAUUAUUCUUUUGUUGUCCUCUUCGGUGUUUGUGGAUCUCUCUCGCCUUGUUAGAAGAAAACUGUGCCCUUUUGCAUGACUGUUAUAAAAAGCUCCGUAUACAAAGACAGCGACGUUAAAAGUGCCACACAAGCCGGGCCGGUUCGCCGCCUCCUCAUCAUUUUGUGGUAAAAAUCGUUUCCAAACACUCGGUGCUUUCCGCCCCGUUUUUUAUUUCCACGUACCCGCCCUCCGUCUGACGAGCAGAUUUUAAUCUCUGCAUGCUCAGUAACGAUAAAUCUGUGUUUAAAAUGUUAGAAAAAUAUUUAAAGCACAGCAUGACGACAUAUUACUCCUACGUCACGUUUAAAUCGCACAUUUUAGUUCUACAAACAGUUGGACCAGCACACAACUGCGUACGAGGAAAAACACAUGCAUAACUGCAGCGGAAGUCAAGAAUAACUUUACCGUUUGUGUUUGAUCAGAUUGAAGACUGUUAAAUUAAAUACUUUUAUUUCACAUAUUUUAAUGGGGUAAAAAGGCUUACUAUUGCAACUCUUCAAUUUAUCUAGAACUUUCAGGGCAUCUAUGGAAAUAUAAAAAAAACAAAAAAACAGCUCAGAUUUUAGUCAUUAAAGUACCUCCAAAUUGCACAGAUGGAUUUAAAACUUUGAUUAUGCAGCAAAAUAUAACAUCUGGAUGAAAUCCUUGUCGAGGAAGAAAAAUAUGGAUAAUUUGCUUCUUCCCAGCUUAAACUCAGCAGCUUUUUGGGAGAUUUUUCUCUUCAUUAUAAACUCAAGUUGUAUUUGACUUUAGUAGAAAAAGCAAAAAAAGCCAAGCUGCUGUAUUUUUGUUUAAAGUUGGGAGGAGUUACGUUGUUAGCAUAAAUAAACCUGGGAUUCUUCACACAGUUUACAGUCGAGUAUAUCGGUUGUUUUUACUUAAUUUUUGUGGAUGACUCAUCUCUACAAGAGGACGUUAAAGUGCCGCUCAGACGCACUCAAGCCAUAGCUGGUCAGCCACACCUCUGGCCACACCCGUUUGUGAUGUCAUCGUGUCCGGACGCGCCUACAUCACAGUAGCCAUGUUGGAAAUUAAACUUCUGGAAAUCGACCGCAAAGGGGCGCUGGACUAAAGGAAAUUAUGGAAACCUGUUUAUGCUACCACAACAGCAUAAUUACUCAAAAUUUGGAUAUGAUUGUUAUUACAGCGGCACAAAUGGGCUUCCAUAAUGCCAUAUUAUGAAAAUUUUUUACCUUAUUAUUUGUUUAAAACUUGGAGAAAAAUGGCUGAUGUUAAUAAAACAAAAAAUGCAUCACGGAUCAAAAACUGUGAUUUGGUUAAAUUUGGAUUUAAUUGCUAUUAGAGUGGCACAGAUGGGCUUCCGUAAUAGCAUAUUAUGAAAAACAUAAUUUCUUUACAUCAUUAUCAGUUUAAAACUGAUGUAAAGAUGCCUGAUUGAGUUUAAUCAAAACAAAAAAUGCAGCACAGAUAAAAAAUCUAACCAUAUGCAUUAUAAUUGGCCACAGUUUAGAUUUAAUAAUGGCACAAAUGAACUUCUGUAAUGUACCAAAAUUAGGAAAUACUCAAUCGCUUUACAUCAUUAUCAGUUUAAAACUUAUAGUUAUGGUCUGAGAUGGUAGCAAAAAUCCCCGAUUGGGUUUAAUAAAGCCGAAAAUGCAGCACAGAUCAAAAACCUAACCUGCAACACAUUUAUCUUUAAAAUAAUUUUAACUCAAAUUUUAACCUUAAACUUGAUGCUAUGAAUCACCUUUUCACUCCCAUUUUAAAUAUUUGUCUACAUUUCGACUCCAGCAGAGAUUUAACCCAUCUGUCGACACAAAACGAUGACCAAAACGUUGCUUUUUUUUUUGUUUUGUUUUUUGCACUUUGCAGAUUUAAUCCCAGCGCUCGUCACGCUCGCUGCACACACUCGUCCGUCUCCGUUAUGAUGAAAUGCACUUGCUUCUCCGGUGGUUGGGAUGGGACUUGUAAUCCGAGGUGCCUGCCAGGACUUGACAUGCCUGUAGAUAGUUUUCUUUCUUUCUUUGAGAAGCGGAGUGGGGAUGGGAACUUUUAAAGGGCACUGGAAACCUUUUGGUGGGAUUAGUUGUAUAAAAAGAGGACACAUUAAAAAUGAUAAAUAAAAAAUAAAUUAAAAAAAGCUUCAGCUGAGUUCUUUGUGCAACCUUGUCUGUUUGUGCCUUUUUUGAUAGUCUCGAUAUCCAAGAUUUUGAUGUGCAGCUUUUGUUUAGUCGGGAAUCUGUUGUAAUCGCAGUAUACGCUCUUAAAGAUGAACACAAUCAGCUCUGUGGGUGGGGGGUGAGAAUGGGAUGGGGGCGACCUUAUCCUUCAUUUCUGUAAAUUUUAAGAGAUUUGUUGCAACAGCUGUGUGAUCUGUGACUGUAAUAAAGGACAAAAAACAAACAUUUCAAUAUUUUUUUGCGUUACCCUUUAUUUUCCUUUUUAAUUUUCUUUUGGGAUGUUUUUGUGCAGAUAUUUUUAUUGUAAAAUUAAUGUUUCUAUCAGACACUAAUCUUGUUUGAGUUGUCUCCAGUGGAACUUCUUAACUCUGUAUGUUUUGAUCAGUAGAAAUCUUUAAUUGUGUAGUUUUAAAAAAGGAAAACUAAAUAAAGAAAAAAAGAGAUCCAUUGGUUGUAUUUUAAAGGUUUGUUUGAGCUGCCAUUAAAUCGUUUGGAGUUGA